CUUGUGACCGGUAUCCUAGGUAUAAAAUCAGCCAAGCAAAGAAAAAAGGUUAUCUUGACAUACAUGGCGAUGUGUAUUCUGAGUGCCGUGGUAGCAGGUUUCGGGUUCAUGUACCGCAUGAGCUAUGCCAUCUGCCAGAGUUGGGCGUGUCACCACCCCAGGGUGUUCACAGCGAGACCGGUGGAUCACCCCUUCCUCGUCACCAUGAUCAAAGGAGAUCCCUACGGCUUUACCAAAAAUUGCACAACAUCAAUUAUCGUCAACAGCAUUAUCUCCACUGUCUUCUUUUUUCAUUUUGUUGCUGCCAUCUCGGGGUCGGUGGUUGCAUGUUGUGGCGGAGUUUGCUGCAACAAACCACAAGUAUUCGUUCCGAAGUCGAUUCUUCUCGCAGAACAAGAAACCGUGCCCAUCAGGAUUCAGUCCUCAACAAAAGACAGAGGUCAGGACCAGAAACGGUUGCUCAAGCCCCCUUCGUACAGCGGUGACGCCAAAAAGAAAGCCGUUAGCUUCAGCUGUAGAGAUCUGCCCUAAACACACUUGGAACUGAUCGACCGCUUGAGGUCGCUCUUACAACAUCAGCAAAGCAACCAAAGAAUGAUGAUAUCGAACUUGAGACGAAUAAACCUUUUCUUAAUGUAUUCAAAUAUAAUGCAAUAGUCAUUGUAAAGUGCCUUGAUACGAAUUAUUUGAUUCACCUGCCGGAAAUACAU